GAAACAAUCUUGGAAACCCCAAAUGUAAGGUAGCUAGACUUUUUGUUUUUUUGAUAAUUGUGGUGUCCGGGCUAACUCGUGCUCACCUCGACUAAUUCCACGGGAUAAUUGUCACCUCCCACCAGCAAUAGAUGCCUGAUAAUUUUGUCCACCAAGGCUAGGACGGAAUUCUCCUAGUAUUUUUGUCUCUAUUGAGAGAUUUGAACUUGAGACGUCAUAGUUCUCAACUCAUUGACCACUAGGCCACACUCCUGGGUGCAAUUACCAACAACCCAUAUUUGGACCCCUUCCAUUUCAACUAUAGAAUAGCUAUGUGAGGAAUUCUGAAAUUUUGGGGUUGGAGAGUUGAAUAAGAAAAUGGGGAUGAUUUCAAGUUUCUUGCUUUUAGAUGAUCAAGUCGAGAAAUCUCGGUUUUUGGCACAAUGUUGAGCCAAAUAUUAAUGUAGCUAGAAAUAGGGCAGCCUAGCGCACUAAGGCUCCCGCUGUGCGUUGAUCCGGGGAAGGGCUGAACCACAAAGGUUUAAUGUAUGCAGUCUGCAUUUCUGCUAGAGGUUGUUUUCAUGGUUUGAACCCGUGACCUCGUGGUCACAUUGGCAGCAAAUUUACAGUUAUUCCAAGGUUCCCCUUCUUGACGUAGCUAGAAAUAAUGUGAGGAAGUCAGAGAUUUUGGAUCUUAUUGGUUGGUAUAGAAUAGGAGAGAUUAAUAUUUAGCUUGUUUUUUAGUUUUUCUUACUUGGUAAUACCAUAUGGACCUUGACAAAAUAUUGGGUUUUGCUUGUCGGGUUGAAAGGCUGGUUCAGAAUUGGCUUGUAAUUAACUUAGUAGUGACAUUUAAAUGGAUGAAUUGCUGUCCAGAUUGAUAACAUUUUCCAAAUUGCUGUAGUUUCAACCGUGAAUAUAUCUUUAUGUAGAGUUCUCUACUUGUUGGCACACCUUUUGUACAUGGGUGAUUUCUCACUGUCAUAAACUUAUACUUGACUAAAACAUGUGAACAUUAAGGUAGAUGUGCUUCAAUGCAAGAUUGGACAAGGCGAGUAACGGUCAUAUCAAAACAAAGUAUGCAAACAACACACGUAAAGGAUAAGAUAAGACAAGGUCGUUCGGAUUCUGGAGGGAUUGAUGUUACUAAGAGGGAUAUGGUAGAUCUAAAUUCAUAUGGAGGGAAGUUGUGGCAAAACACCUAUAAUCUCCUAGUACCAAUGUGGAUUAAGCUAAGAACACAACAGUAGAAAUAAAGGAUCCAUAUAUUUGAUACCAAUUAUAGUUGGCUGUAAAGUUUAGAUUUUAGUUACUUUAAGUUUGGAUAUUAAUAAGAAUGAUAUUUAGGGAACUCCUAGUCUUGACUAUGGAGAACUUCCAACCUGCCCCCAAAAAUAACAUACUUACCAGUUAUUGGAGUGAAAUAUAGGUUAUAAUAGAGUGGAACUGACUAUAGAGGAUUUGUAUGGCCAACCCAACUAGUUUGAGAUCGAGGCAUAGUUGUUGUUGUUGUCCUCUUUUAAAAUUCCCUUGCAGAAAAUAAGGAAUCAGUGAUAUAUGCUUUCAAUAAUCUUUUGGUUGAUUUUUAAUAGCUUUCUCGGAGUAUAAUCUUCUGUUUAAGAUUUGGGCUCUUUCUGAGUUUGUUCACUGCAUGUAUACGUCUUUAAUCUCCAACCGUGAUCAUAGUGGGAGAAUGAGAUACUAUUUUCACUUCUUGUCUAUUAAGUUUGUACUAUAUUCUUCAUUUCCCGUUAUCAUCUUUUAAAUGUAUGUUUCAGCUUGAGGCUGAGUUUAAGAAAUGCUAAUUUACAAGCAAAGGCAAACAUGAGGAAAGCUGCUCAAGAAGAGAGGGAGCUUCUCUUGGGAGGUGGAGAAGAAUCUACAGCUCGCAGACGAAAUCUACAGACAAAAGCUGGAAUGACAUCUGCAGCUGAAAGCAUCACGGAGAGCCUGCGCCGCACUCGCCAACUUAUGGUUCAGGAGGUUGAAAGAAGUGCAAGCACUCUAAUGACAGUUGAUGAAUCAACAACCGUAUUAACAAAAGCCGAGAAUGAGUAUAAGGGCCACCGCUCCUUGCUUUCACGAACUCGAAACCUUCUGUCCACAAUGCAACGGCAGGACGUUCUGGACAGGGUGAUACUGGUGGUUGGAUUUAUUAUUUUCUCCUUGGUCGUGCUUUAUGUGGUAUCAAAGCGUGUGGGGCUGCUCAAGUUGCAGCGUAAACUCAUCGAAGCUGUGAAGUCCGGUUCAGCUGGACAGGUGGAGAUAAUAGCUGGAGCUGGUGGACAGGGUGCAGAUGUUGCUCAGGUUCAGAUGAAUCCUGUACCUGAGUUAAAUGUACCCUUAGAACAAGCAAUGCAUGAUGAACUUUAAACUCCCUGUAGCUUUGUACAUUUUCUUUGUUUCAUGCAAUUUCAUCUAUGAAGCUCUAUAUCUUGGUUACAGACUUGCAAGAAACAUUACAUUCUUUUGUUUCCUUUAUUCACAGCUCGCCUUGCUUCUCCCUCAGUUAUAUGUUUUUUGAUCUUGAUUUUGUAAACACAGAUAAACAGUAUAUCUCCAGUAACUUGCAGAGAAUGGAUAUACAAUAUUGUUUUGUCUA